AUGCAUUCCACUCUAGCAACGCUGGUCACGGUUCUCCUGCUCCAGGCCACAGCGCCGAUCUCCGCCCCCGAAGAAUGUCCGUACUGGAAAGACAUCGAUCUCUACUUUCCAACAGUAUCGACGCCUUCUUAUUUUGAUAGAAACGGUUUCGCAACGUUUGUCAGAGCGCUGGAGCCCUUGCCAAAGGAAGCUGUAUUCUUCUUGCCCUUCAGCAUCCUUGUCUGGGCGGCUCUCUUAGUCUGCUUCAUUGUUUGUUCGCUGAUCAGUUUCUUCCUCUACAGAGUGAGUGGGGUCAAUCCAGACUUUCACGCUGUCGCGUCACCUCUUGCGGCGUCCCUGGUACAGCAAGCGUAUCCCGUGCCUCCGGGCGCUGAAAAUGUUCACUCGCUCAGGUUUCUUCUCGGGGUAUGGUAUCUGACGGUAACAGUACUGGCCACAGGGUACAAAGGAGUCAUCACAUCCCUGUUGUGUAACGUACCCCUGGUUGGGGAACUUACCGAGUACACGUCCUUGGACAUGGCGAAGUCCAUGGGCCCGGCUUUUUGCUUCGUGAACUUCCCGGAAGAACUCGUACAUCGGGCUUGGCCCCACACGGACUACGAACAGACGGUCGAAAAAAAUUACGAUUGCGUGGACGGGUCAGGAAAGCUGCUUGCGAAAGCUGGUAAGAAGGCCUGGUUCGUUUUCAAGCCUAGCUCGGACGAGGCUGCUAGCAUCAAAGAAGAGCUCUUUCGAUUCGGCUUCGUGCAGACGGACACGUUCCUGUCGCCCGUAAUCACGGGACCUCGGUUAAGAUCGAAUUCGCCGUACUACAGGUCCAUAAAAAAAGUCUUGAGCCGUACUUUUGAAGCCGGUUUGUUUGCAGAAGCGGAGCGACUUGCAGAGUUCCAGAGUAGGGUUAGGCGUGAACAAAAGUACGGCCGGCCCUCGAAUACCGAAGAGGAAACACUGGGACUAAGCGACUUCCGACCGUGCAUUGUAAUUUGGGCGGUCGGAAUCGGCCUCAGCUUCCUCGCGUUUGCAGUUAGUCACGUGGUGGCCCACUUCCGCCCACCGCGUUCUCGCAUGACUCGGCACGCUGUUCGCCGGGCCUGGUGA